UGGGGAACUGAUGGCCCCAAGGACUGAUCGCAUGUCGGCGAGAGGGGUAAACCAUCGCAUUGUCGGCAAACAGCGGCUAACCGGCAUGUUUUAUAUGCAAGGACAAUUCCCCGAUCUCUUCAUACGCUAGUUCCCAACUUUCCUCACAAUUUCCGACAACAUUACCUUGUGACGAUGCAUCCGUCGCUGAAAUUGCUGUUGUCGGCGGCGUCUUUGCUUCCAUUGGCGCAGGCAUUCCAGUACACGCCCUUGCAACUGGCGUAUCCUGAGCUUCGCGCAAAGCAACCACAACAAUUGACCCCGGAAUCAGCAGUGAACCAGCAAUCAACAACAGCUGAAUACCCUGAGUACUAUCUCUCGGUACCUGUUGACCAUUUCCAUAAUGAGUCCCGCUAUGCGCCGCACAGCGAUGACCAUUUCGACCUGCGAUAUUGGUUCGACGCCCAACACUACGAGGAAGGGGGCCCCGUGUUUGUGAUCGCCGCCGGAGAAACCGACGCGACCGCGCGAUUCCCCUUCUUAUCGCAGGGCAUCGUCACCGAAUUAGCUGCCGAAUACCACGGCAUUGGAGUGAUUCUAGAGCAUCGCUAUUACGGCAAAAGUUACCCGGUAGACGACCUGACGACGGAGAAUAUCCGGUUUCUCUCAACGGACCAGGCCCUGGCCGAUUAUGCGUACUUCGCUUCCAACGUCGUCUUCCCCGGGCUAGAAAAUGUAAAUCUCACAUCCAAAACGACUCCGUGGAUCGCCUAUGGUGGAUCGUAUGCCGGGGCCUUUGUCGCCUUCCUGCGCAAGCUCUACCCCGACGUCUACUGGGGUGCUAUCUCUUCCUCGGGCGUCACCGAAGCGAUCAUAGAUUUUUGGCAAUACUAUGAGCCAAUCCGCAAAUUUGGUCCGUCCGAUUGCAUCUGGGCAACCCAAACAUUCAUCGACGUCGUAGACCGCAUCCUAAUCGACCAUGCCGAUAACAAAACGCUAGGCCAGCAACUGAAAUCUUCAAUCGGAGUCAGUCCCGACAAGGAUGACGUCUCGUUCGUUUCGCUUCUUUCUUCCGGCCUCGAUAGUUUCCAAUCGCGCAAUUGGGAUUCCAAUAUCGGUAGCUCUUCUUUCCGGGUCUAUUGCGAUAACAUCACCAGCUCAGACUUGCUGUACCCCGACACCGAGACCAUAAAGCCAGCCAUCGAGGAGCUGAUCGAGGUGGCCGGAUAUGAUGCAUCCAACUCCAGCUUCGUGAACGGUUUCCUGAACCACAUUGGCCUUCUCAAGCAGUCCAUCUCCAGUGAUGACAAUUCGGCCGAGACCGAAGAGUCCAACUCAUCCGAUUCUAAAUCGCUCCCCAAAAGCGACGGCAUCAGUUGGGAAUACCAAGUUUGCACCGAAUGGGGCUACUUCAUGUCCGGUGCGUCCGUGCCGAAGGAUAUCAUGCCUCUGAUCUCACGCGUCUUGGACGUUGCAAGCGUAUCGACCUUCUGCGAUACAACAUACGGAAUUACCUCUCCGCCCAACGUGACGAACAUCAACAAACACGGCGGAUUCGACUUCUCUUACCCACGAGUGGCCAUCAUUGAUGGUCUUGCGGACCCCUGGCGCGAUGCGACACCACACGCCGACGGCACGCGGGAGAGGGAAUCUACUGACGACGAGCCAUUCAUUCUGAUCGACGUCCCGGCUGAGGAUGUCUGGGACGGUAUCCGAGGUGCAGUUCACCAUUGGGACCAGAACGGCCUGUCCAAGAAAGAUGAAACUAAAGGUCAGGAGCCUCCAGCAGCUAUUGUGGAGGUGCAGAAAGAGGUCCUACGAUUUGUCGGCGUGUGGCUGGACCAGUGGAAGCAACGGUCUGGAGGUUCCUCUCGAUUAGUUGGGGGAAUAAGGGGCCCUGGGCGUAGCCAAGUGCCACUCUAAGCUGCAAUAUACGACGUCUCUAAUAAAUAUGAUGCUAAGAAGUUGUUGAUGAUAUGAUUGUAUAUUUCUCUGUCUGCAGCGCUUCCGCCCGC